CAUGGAGAGGUACAAUCAACGUCUAUGAGUAUCCUCGAAUAUCGUGCAGCUUCGGAGUUCCAGUGGUGUAGUGUAAUUGUUGCCGGAACUCCGGCUCUACGCGGUUAUUCAUGCACAGCACUCAACGCUUUAUAGAAUCCCAUGUCUUCAUCCGUCUGAAUCUCGUACCACACCUUAAGCGGCAUUAGCUCAACACUAAUAAUUCUGUAUAGCUCACACUAAGACACUGAAGAACUUUCAAUGGCCAAGACGUCACUUCCACUGCUAGCCCUCCCGCACCCUCUGGUUCUCCUUCCGACUGCAAGGAUAACGAUUCCAGUGCCCAAAUCAACUGGCGAGGCCCUGCUGACGUUGGUUCAGGAAUCAGAGAACCAGUCUAUCGUUGCUGCGGUACCUAUAAGUUCGCCAGAUUCCCCUCUGCACUCCUGGGGCACUGCGGCUCGCAUAACUCGACUCAUCAAGCCGCCUCUCAGGAACCUUAAGCAACCGUACCUCUUGUCGCUCUUAGGUAUCACUCGCAUACGUGUUCUCGAGAAACAGAAUUCUACUUCACCCCGAGGAGAUGGCAUCUUGGAGUGCGCCGUGGAAUACCCGUCUCAGGAUGGCACUCCCACAACGGAGAAUGUCGUGAAAUUUAAGACUGCUGCUCUUAGACUACUCGAGCAUCUGGCAAAGGACACUACCCAGCAAGCCAAACGUGAUACCUACAACAAGGUAGCUUCUAUGUUGGAAGAGGUCACGGAACAGAGGGCUCCGUGGAUGGCUGACGUCAUGGUCGCCAACAUCAACGGAGAGUAUGCAGACAAGCUCGCUUUUCUAUCUGCGGUCGAUCUGAAUGACCGUUUGCAACGUGCAACGACGCUCUUCGUGAAGCAGACUACGAUAUCUGAAGUCUCACAGAAGAUCGCGCAAUCAGUAGAUGAAUCACUGUCGAAGCAACAGAAGGAAUUCUUUCUCCGCCAGCAGCUUGUGGCUAUUCAGAGAGAACUCGCCAGCUUGCGUCGCUCUAACUCCACUUCGCCCGUGGGCGACGAACAGAGCCCUCGCGCACCAUCUGAGCUCGACAAUGACGAGCAGGCAGAAAUGGAGGACAUGGCCGAGAUUAGAACGAAGAUUGAGGCAAUGGCUCAGGGAAGUGAGGAACGGAAGAUGGCAGUUAGAGAAUGGAGGCGGUUGAAACGUAUACCGCCUGGAAGUGUUGAGCAUGGUGUUGUCCGCAACUACCUUGAAUGGCUUACUGCUGUUCCGUGGCCGGGUUCAUCGGGGAACCUAUCAACUUCCAUGGAUGUAAUCCGCUCCCGUGACUUCCUACCCAGUGCGCGACGACAACUCGACGCAGACCACUUCGGACUUGAGAAGAUCAAGAAACGGCUGAUCGAAUAUCUCGCCGUCGUUCGUCUCAAAGCGCUCCAGGCGGAGGCAGAGCAGAAACGCCAACAGGCUGCCGCUGCCGCGGAGAAACAGGAAGAGCGAAUGGCUUCCGCCACGUCGAAGGAUGAUACAGAACUCUGUAAGGACACCAUGGCUUCGCAUGUCAAUGCUGGAUUUCCUGGUGCUGGUGCAACACCAUUGCAUAUACAGAGUCCAACACCUUCUCCGCCUUCUGCACCCCAAACAUCCCCUAGCUCUACUCGAAAGAACGUGAAGGGACCGAUACUACUGUUUGUUGGACCGCCGGGUACCGGUAAGACCUCACUUGGCCAAUCAAUUGCCCGUGCGCUCGACAGGCCUUUCCAACGAAUAUCGCUUGGUGGUGUCCGAGAUGAAGCUGAGAUUCGAGGACAUCGAAGGACUUACGUUGGAAGUGGACCCGGUUUGAUUGUCCAAGCUCUCAGGAAGGCGGGUCGUCCUGACCCAGUCAUUGUCUUGGAUGAGAUAGAUAAAGUCAGUCAUGGUAACUUCCAUGGUGACCCGGCAGCCGCUCUACUGGAGGUCCUUGAUCCAGAACAAAAUCAUAGCUUCAACGAUCAUUACGUCAACGUGCCUGUUGACCUCAGCCCAGUCCUGUUCAUCUGCACCUCAAACACGCUCGAAACUAUCUCCGCCCCACUGUUAGAUCGCUGCGAAAUCAUUCAGCUUAGCGGUUACACUUAUAAUGAGAAGAUGCACAUCGCUCGACGGUUCUUACUCCCAAAGCAACUCACAGCAAAUGGUCUAACUUCAGACCAUCUCCUUAUCACAGAGCCUGCUCUUCUGCAGAUCGCGACCUUGUAUACUCGUGAAGCCGGCGUUCGAUCACUUGAUCGCGCCAUAGGUGCAGUGGUGCGGUACAAAGCCGUUGAAUGGGCAGAACAUAUCGAUGCGAGCUUGAGUGGCGAAGACACUUCCGAUUCCGUCAUCAUCGAAAGUACCCUGUCCAAGAAAGCGCCUCAUUACAACAAGGUGGUGGAAGAGCACGAUCUUGAGAAGAUCCUCGGCAUUGCGCGUUGGGACGCCGAAGAGCGAGAACGAGAGGAGCGAAGGGGUCUUGUGUACGGUUUGGUUGUCUCAGGAGUGGGUGAAGGUGGUAUUCUCCCUGUAGAGACUGCUGUUGUACCCGGGAGUGGUAGGCUGAAACUGACGGGAAGUUUGGGCGACGUCAUCAAAGAGAGCGGGGAAUUAGCGUUGAGCUGGGUGAAGACGCAUGCAUACGAACUUGGCGUCACUAGUUCUAGAAAUCAAGACCCUCUCAAGGUGCCCGACCUUAUCGAUAUCCAUCUACAUCUACCGUCAGGAGCUGUAAAGAAGGACGGACCCUCGGCUGGUAUCGCUAUGACUUGUGCGUUCGUUUCGUUACUCACCGGUGCAUGUGUUCCAAGCAAUGUCGCCAUGACGGGAGAGGUAACGCUGCGAGGUCGCGUGGGCCCUGUGGGCGGUAUCAAGGAGAAGGUCCUUGGGGCACAUCGAGCGCACGUCCAGAAGGUCAUUCUUCCAUGGGCGAAUCGUAAGGAUGUCGAACACGACGUUCCACUUGAGAUCAGAGCUGCUAUGGAGUUCGUUUUUGUUAGGACGAUGGAAGAAACCCUUCAAGCGGCUUUCGGCAAAGGUGUUCUCGAUUGGAGGGGGAAUGUGGUGGUCAUGGAGAGUCGUUUGUAAGUUCACACAGCUGCAGGUUGGACUUGGUGGGCGCGUUUCUUGUCGUUCCUUUGCAUAUCCUUGGACGGAUGUUGAAUAAUUCCUCUGUCACGCUUCUAGCAAUACUUUACAACGUACAUACACGUUUUUAUUCUUUCAACUCCUCAUGAUGUAUCAAUCCACAAUACAAAGCUCACCGACAGUUUCUGUAAUAUUAUCACAUCUCACUAUGUAGUCGACAUUAGAAUAAAUUCGAGGGUUGUCGACCCCCGAUAUCUUCCG